AUGAAGGGGCCCAUGUCCCCGCUCUCGCUGCGCGCGACGGAGCUGGAGGACCGCCCGCCGGAGUGGAUGGCGCUCAUCGCGCCGUCAUCCUCGGCGGGCCCUGCGCCGCCUCUCCCGUCGGCGUCCAGCAGCAAUGGCGGAGCAGGAGGUGGCUUAAAGCCCCGCCGCGUGCGAGUGCUGCCAGUGUCACACCCCUCCCACGCGGACAUCUACGACAGCGGCUCUCCCGGCGGGACCGGGGGUUUCAUUGGUUCCAACUGCUGGGCGGCAUUUUGGCGCGUAGUGCACUACCUCUUCCCGUGCACCAAGUGGAUGGCGGCUUAUAACCUGCGAGACGACCUCGUGGCGGACCUUAUAGCGGGGAUAAGUGUGGGCGUGAUGCUCGUUCCACAGUCAAUGUCAUACGCUAAACUCGCUGGCCUGCCCCCGAUAUACGGCCUAUACUCGGCGUUCGUGCCCAUUCUGAGCUACGUGGUGUUCGGCUCCUCCCGCCAGCUGGCAGUGGGCCCCGUGGCGAUUGUGUCCAUCCUCACAUUCGACGGGCUCCGGAAGGUUGUAGCGGAGAAGCUCCGCGACUCGGCUGUAGCGGCGGGCCUGGCUGCUACAGCAGGGGGCGUGGGAGGGGGGAUAGAGCUCCCAGCCGCGGAAUUGACAGGUGGAGGAGUGGGAGUAGGAGCGGGAGGAGGAGGGAUGCUAGGAGGAGGGGCAGGAGGGGCAGUGGUGGCGGGGGACGUGAGCAUGGAAGAGUUGGCAGUGCUGCUGGCGCUGAUGGUGGGACUACUCGAAGUGCUAAUGGGCCUGCUCAGGUGUUUUUUCAGAGACUUCUCAUACGUGAUCUUUCAAGGGGCUUCUCAGACCGCAAGGCUGGGGGCUGCUGGGUGUGUGCUGGGUGAGACCACAAGGGAGCGGCUAGUGGGUGUGUCCGCCUCAUUCCCCUCAUCAGGGGCGGCUCUCCUGGUGUGCGUGUCAGUGGCAAAGGACAUUCUCAGCUUCUCCAUGCCGGGCCAGACCACAUUUGUGGCGGCGCUGUCGCACAUAAUCAAGCAGAUCAUGGCGGGCACAGAGUUGCCCCACCCCACCGUUCUCCUCUCCUCUUUUACCCUUCCCCAUCCCACGGCAGGCCAGACAACGUUUGUGGCGGCGCUGUCGCACAUAAUCAAGCAGAUCAUGGCGGGGAAGGCGCACUGGGAGCCCAUGGCGCUGGGGGGAGGCGCGCUGCUGCUGCUGCUGCUCAUGAAGGAGGCAGGAAAAAGCUGGAAAUCGCUGCAGGUGCUGCGGUGUGCAGGGCCCUUCACCAGCAUCGUGCUUGGAGCCCUGGUCGUCAAGUUCUGGCAUCCCCCCCACGUACCUGUGGUCGGCGAGAUCCCCCAGGGUCUGCCCUCUCUCUCCACGGCCUUCCCCUGGGAGUACUUCCCCAAGCUGCUGCCAACAGCGCUGGUCAUCACAGGAGUGGCCAUCCUGGAGUCGUGUGGAAUAGCCAAGGCGCUGGCAGCGCGCAACGGGUACGCCAUCGAUGCCAACCAGGAGCUCUUCGGGCUCGGCAUGGCCAACGUGCUCGGCUCCUUCUUCUCCUCCUUCCCCACCACCGGUGAGCUCAGCCCCCUUGUCCUUACCAUAGUCCGUUCCCUCUGCAGUCCUUCCCCAUACAGAGCCAUUCGUCAUGACAGCCCCCAGAGGGUUGCCUCGGCAUGGCCAACGUGCUCGGCUCCUUCUUCCCCACCACUGGUGAGUGAAGUCCUUCCAUCCCCACCACUGGUGAGUGAAGUCCUUCCAUCCCCACCACUGGUGAGUGAAGUCCUUCCAUCCCCACCACUGGUGAGUGAAGUCCUUCCAUCCCCACCACUGGUGAGUGAAGUCCUUCCAUCCCCACCACUGGUGAGUGAAGUCCUUCCAUCCCCACCACUGGUGAGUGAAGUCCUUCCAUCCCCACCACUGGUGAGUGAAGUCCUUCCAUCCCCACCACUGGUGAGUGAAGUCCUUCCAUCCCCACCACUGGUGAGUGAAGUCCUUCCAUCCCCACCACUGGUGAGUGAAGUCCUUCCAUCCCCACCACUGGUGAGUGAAGUCCUUCCAUCCCCACCACUGGUGAGUGAAGUCCUUCCAUCCCCACCACUGGUGAGUGAAGUCCUUCCAUCCCCACCACUGGUGAGUGAAGUCCUUCCAUCCCCACCACUGGUGAGUGAAGUCCUUCCAUCCCCACCACUGGUGAGUGAAGUCCUUCCAUCCCCACCACUGGUGAGUGAAGUCCUUCCAUCCCCACCACUGGUGAGUGAAGUCCUUCCAUCCCCACCACUGGUGAGUGAAGUCCUUCCAUCCCCACCACUGGUGAGUGAAGUCCUUCCAUCCCCACCACUGGUGAGUGAAGUCCUUCCAUCCCCACCACUGGUGAGUGAAGUCCUUCCAUCCCCACCACUGGUGAGUGAAGUCCUUCCAUCCCCACCACUGGUGAGUGAAGUCCUUCCAUCCCCACCACUGGUGAGUGAAGUCCUUCCAUCCCCACCACUGGUGAGUGAAGUCCUUCCAUCCCCACCACUGGUGAGUGAAGUCCUUCCAUCCCCACCACUGGUGAGUGAAGUCCUUCCAUCCCCACCACUGGUGAGUGAAGUCCUUCCAUCCCCACCACUGGUGAGUGAAGUCCUUCCAUCCCCACCACUGGUGAGUGAAGUCCUUCCAUCCCCACCACUGGUGAGUGAAGUCCUUCCAUCCCCACCACUGGUGAGUGAAGUCCUUCCAUCCCCACCACUGGUGAGUGAAGUCCUUCCAUCCCCACCACUGGUGAGUGAAGUCCUUCCAUCCCCACCACUGGUGAGUGAAGUCCUUCCAUCCCCACCACUGGUGAGUGAAGUCCUUCCAUCCCCACCACUGGUGAGUGAAGUCCUUCCAUCCCCACCACUGGUGAGUGAAGUCCUUCCAUCCCCACCACUGGUGAGUGAAGUCCUUCCAUCCCCACCACUGGUGAGUGAAGUCCUUCCAUCCCCACCACUGGUGAGUGAAGUCCUUCCAUCCCCACCACUGGUGAGUGAAGUCCUUCCGUCCCCACCACCGUUGAGCUCUGCCGGCACGAGUUGUUCCCCCUGCCACCAUAGCCCUCCCUUCCCCUUCCCUAGGACAGCCUUUCACCCUUUGCACACCCGAUCACCUCCUUACCCACUUCCCCUCUGCGCCCCUUCCCCCACCUUCCCCCACAUGCCCAUGCCCCCUCUCUGCAGGCUCCUUCUCCCGAUCAGCAGUGGACGAGGUGGGGGCGCGUACGGCACUGAGUGGGCUCAUCAUGGCUCAUCUUUCCGCCUCUCCUCUCUGCCUCCUCUGUCAUACCCUCACUGCCUUUCUCCCAUCACCGCAGGCUCGUUCUCUCGAUCAGCAGUGAACAAUGAGGUGGGAGCGCGCACAGCACUGAGUGGGCUCAUUAUGGCGCUCAUGGUCGUCGCCACGCUGCUCUUCCUCACUCCAGCCUUCAGAGACGUGCCGCAGUCAGGCAUAUGGUCCAUACCACACGUCGCACGGCACGGAGUGGGUGGGCUCAUCAUGGCGCUCAUGGUCGUGCCCACGCUGCUCUUCCUCACACCGGCUUUCAAGGACGUGCCGCACGUGCGUAUAAGUGGCUCGUGGGUGGCUUCCUCUCUCCAGCCUUCUCAGACGUUUCUUCGCUACGCACAUACAUCUGGAUCGCAUGCGUUCCGUAGUUCUCCAAGCCCCUUCUACCCCUGCCCCUCCUCGCUCGCCUCCUGCUGCCCAUCCAACCCCUUCCCCCCAGUGAGUGCUGGUAGCCUGCAGGCUGGUCGACCUACAGGACCACCUCUUCCUGUGGCGGGCAUUCACCAACGCCCACCUCCCGCUGCGCCUGCCCCCUGCCUCCCUGUCCCAUCACAGUGUGUGCUGGCAGCAGUGGUGGUGAAUGCAGUGCACGGCUUGGUGGACCUACAGGAGCCGCUCUUCCUGUGGCGCGUGGAGAAGAAGGACCUCGUUCUCUGGUUCUGCGCCUUCCUGGGCACACUGCUGCUGGGACUGGAGACUGGCGUUCUCAUCUCGGUGGCGCUCUCCCUCGUUUUUGUCAUUCAUGAGUCUGCCAAUCCGCACAUGGCCGUGCUGGGUCGCCUCCCAGGCACCACGGUCUACCGCAACGUGAAGCAGUACCGCGAUGCAUACACGUACAGGGGCGUGCCGUGCUGGGUCGCCUCCCAGGCACCACGCCGUGCUGGGUCGCCUCCCAGGCACCACGGUCUACCGCAACCCGUGCUGGGUCGCCUCCCAGGCACCACGGUCUACCGCAACGUGAAGCAGUACCGCGAUGCAUACACGUACAGGGGCGUGGUCAUUCUGCGCAUCGACUCACCCAUCUAUUUUGCCAACGUGGACUAUAUCAAAGAGAGGCUACGCAAGUACGAGCUGCAGAGGGUGGCGUGGUGGAAGGACGGCAGCAGCGGCAGCAGCGGAGGAAGGCUGGCAGGCAGCAACGGGGGAGCCAACAGAAUGGCUGUCAUGGACCUGCGCUUUCUCAUACUCGAGAUGUCCCCCGUUACUUAUAUCGAUUCCACGGCCGUGCACGCCCUCAAGGAGCUCUAUAACGAGUACAAGGCACGGGACAUCCAGCUGUGCUUCUCCAACCCCUCGCCCAAAGUCAUGCUCACCAUGGCCCGAGCCGGUUUCCCUGAUCUGAUCGGCCGCCAGUGGUACUUUGUGCGGAUCCACGACGCCGUUCAGGUGUGCCUUGCACUGCUGGAAGAUACAGAGAUCACCAUCGAAACCCCUUCGCGCUACCAGCGAGCUGACUCCUCUGCAGUCAGAGCAACUUCCGCUCAGGCAGGUGGGAGCCGGCAGCAGCAACCGCAGCAGCAGCAGCGGCAGGGGGGAGUGCGAGAGGAGCGACCACACACCCCGUCACGGCAUCAUUCAGAGCCUCAGCAGCAGCAGGGACAACAGCAGAAGGAGGAGGGGGGAGAUGAGCCGAGGGUGACUCAGCAGGUUUCUCCCACGCCAGGCCUCACCCUCUCUCCGCACCUGUCCGCCAGCUUUGUGAAUCUCGCCCAAGCUGCCCAACGAGCCAGCAGCUCAAACUCUGAAGGUGGGUUGAGUACGGUUGGGGAGGAUAUCCAGUCCAUGUCAGGUGAGUCAGAGGAGAGUAUGGGUGCGAGGCGGAGGAAGAAGCAGAGUGUGGCGACAGCAGCUGCCGAUGCAGCAGAUGCUGCAGAGGAUGCUGCGUUCUUUGAAGGGAGGAUGAGCAGUGGGACAACUGUGGGGGACCUUGCGAGUAGCUUGUCUCCCUUCUUGGAGACUGAAGGGACAUUCCAAGGGCUUGAUUGA